UCUCCUUUAAAAAAGAAAAAGAAAAAAGAAAAAUUAACAAAGAAAAUAAACAAUAUUCUAAACAAUCAAAAAGGAAAAUAAACAAUGUUCUAAACAAUCAGAAGGCUCUAGUUUCAGGGUGAUAGUGCACCGCUGGCCCCACCCUUCCGGCGUCUGUGGCCGGCGGGCUCACACAUGGACUGAAGCCGUUAACGGGCACAGUGGGCUCCUACGGACCGCAGGGAAAACAGCCUGUCAGAACCGGCGAGGGAGCGCGGGUGUUACGCAGACGAGUAUGAUGCUGUUCCAAUCCAGUCAAGCGUGGUGUUAUGCUCCUGUUCAUCCCCUUCAAUGGUGAGGAACCAAGCAGAUUCCAGCACUCCAUCUGUCAUUUCCACUUGUGGCAGCAGACAGGGAUCUAACAUGGAGGGAACGGCACCUGAAUCAAGAUCUAAUUCAAACUCCUUGCAGCAACAUACAGGACAGCAGCCUCCACAGCCUCGAAAGAAACGACCUGAUGACUUCAAAUUUGGGAAAAUUCUGGGUGAAGGAUCUUUUUCAACGGUUGUCUUGGCUCGAGAAUUGGCAAGUUCUAGAGAAUAUGCCAUUAAAAUUCUAGAAAAACGUCAUAUCAUAAAAGAAAACAAAGUACCAUAUGUGACACGAGAGAGAGAUGUAAUGUCUCGUCUGGAUCACCCUUUUUUUGUGAAACUCUACUUCACCUUUCAGGAUGAUGAAAAGCUAUAUUUUGGACUUAGCUAUGCCAAAAACGGGGAGCUGCUAAAGUAUAUACGCAAAAUUGGCUCAUUUGAUGAGACCUGUACAAGGUUUUAUACUGCUGAAAUUGUAUCAGCCCUGGAGUAUUUGCAUGGCAAAGGAAUAAUUCACAGGGACCUUAAGCCAGAAAACAUCUUAUUAAAUGAAGAUAUGCACAUUCAAAUAACAGACUUUGGAACAGCAAAAGUAUUAUCUGCAGAUAGCAGACAAGCACGGGCAAACUCAUUUGUAGGGACAGCACAGUAUGUUUCUCCAGAACUGCUGACAGAGAAAUCUGCCUGUAAAAGCUCUGACCUCUGGGCUCUGGGUUGCAUAAUAUAUCAACUUGUAGCUGGAUUGCCUCCAUUUAGAGCUGGAAAUGAAUAUCUUAUAUUCCAGAAGAUAAUAAAAUUGGAGUACGACUUCCCAGAAAAAUUUUUUCCCAAGGCAAGAGACCUUGUGGAAAAGCUAUUGGUUCUAGAUGCUACCAACCGAUUGGGUUGUGAAGAAAUGGGAGGAUAUGGACCUCUUAAGGCUCACCCCUUCUUCGAAUCCAUUGUAUGGGAGAACCUACAUCUUCAGACACCCCCUAAACUCACAGCAUAUUUGCCUGCUAUGUCAGAGGACGAUGAAGACUGUUAUGGAAAUUACGACAAUCUCCUGAGUCAGUUUGGUUGCAUGCAAGUUUCUAGUUCUGCCUCUUCCCAUUCACUGUCUGCUGCAGAGACAAGUACACCACAGACAUCAGGAGGAAAUAUUGAACAGUAUAUUCAUGAUCUUGACAACAAUUCCUUUGAGCUGGAUUUACAAUUUUCUGAAGAUGAAAAGAGGCUACUUCUGGCAAAACAAGCUGGUGGAAAUCCUUGGCAUCAGUUUGUAGAGAAUAACUUAAUCCUAAAAAUGGGUCCAGUGGACAAAAGAAAGGGAUUGUUUGCACGUCGGCGCCAAUUGCUGCUUACAGAAGGGCCUCACCUGUAUUAUGUGGAUCCUGUCAAUAAAGUUCUAAAAGGAGAAAUUCCAUGGUCUUUAGAGUUGCGUCCCGAAGCCAAGAAUUUUAAGACAUUUUUUGUUCACACGGAUGAAACAGGUGCCUAUUUAAUAGACAGAGACCCAACCUACUUUGGGCCAGUGCUGAACUAUCUCAGACAUGGGAAACUGGUCAUUAACAAGGACCUAGCUGAGGAAGGUGUACUGGAAGAGGCUGAAUUCUACAAUAUCACAUCUCUAAUAAAACUGGUAAAGGACAAAAUAAGAGAAAGAGACAGCAAAAUCUCACAGGUGCCAGUCAAACAUGUCUACAGAGUGCUGCAGUGUCAGGAAGAGGAACUCACUCAAAUGGUUUCCACAAUGUCCGAUGGCUGGAAAUUUGAACAGCUUGUCAGUAUAGGUUCCCAGUACAGCUGUGGCCGGGCUCAGCAGUCAGAGUUUCUGCUGAUAGUGUCACGGGAAGUGAAAGGGGAAGAGAGAUGCUUCCAGAAAUACUGCAGUGAGCUGGUCAGUAUUGGUUCUUCCUAUAACUAUGGCAAUGAAGAUCAGGCUGAAUUUCUGUGUGUUGUCUCAAAGGAAUUGCAUAACACUCCUUAUGGCACAAGCAGUGAGCCCAGUGAAAAAGCAAAGAGUGAGGAUGAAGAAACGGAUUACGAUAUGAAUGACUCAGAUUAAGUGUAAAUGUCAUGAUUUUGCAAGAACGAGGUUCCAGGAUGUGAAGAAAGUAUUGAACGGUGACAAUUUUUCUCUUUUACUUGAAGAUGCAGUGAAUUGUCACACUGAAGAGGCUUGGCUGCAAAAGAAAAAAUCUGAUUUAGACAAUUUUCUGUUGAUCUGGGUUCAACCAUAUUUGCCUAUAAGCUGGUGUCAACUUCUGGAAGCAUUGCAAGAUUACAUAAUGGGAAUAGAUGAUGUGGGAGUGUGUGUUAAGUUUUGGUUGUAGUGCAUGGUUGUAGUCUCUUGUUGGCUGAUUGAUACUGGUCAUUUGAAAAGAAAUGACCAUGCACUCAUAUUUUCCUCGGAGACAUGUAGCACUUGAUGUCUGGUGCUGGACGACCCAAUGUUGAUCAGUUUGGAGACAUUUUCCUACUGAUCUUUGUAAACCUUAAAAGGACAGUGUAAUUGGUGCUACACACACACACACACACACAUACACACACACACACGCACACACGCACGCUUUCAGACAUAUGCGUGCACACACACACACACACACACACACACACGUUACAGCCCAGAAAUGCAAGUAUUUGGGCGUAUGUUGUUUCAGAAUCAGUGUCAGCCCCAGUUGACUGUAUUAUACUGCACAUUCCUUAUGGCUCUGUGACAUAAUCUAUUAUGUAAUAACAGCCUAGGAGAUCAACUGAAACUAGCAUGUGUAAAAGUUACACAACAGAGAAAAGGUUUCUCUGAAGGGUGUAUAUAUUGACUGGAUAGGUAGCUUAUUUUAAUACCCAAAGGGAAGACUAAACUCAGAGAAAAUGGCCUUCCUCUGAGUUAUUCUUGAUGUUCUCUCUGUUGAAACAGUCUCCUGCAAAAGUUAUGCUCCAGUCCUGGUCACAUGCUUGAAAGUGGAAUCAAAAUUCACUUAAAAUGACCAAUUGAACAUUCUGUUUCUUUGGAGGUGUUUGUACUUUUAUGUGUGUUUGUGCUUUUAUAAAAUGCCUAUAAAACAUUGAACUGUGUGGAUUAGGGUAGAGAUUUUUCUAGAGUGGAAGGUUUUACAGAAAUACAGCUGGCUAGUCCUAGGUCCUUGUCUCUAUGACACAGAUUAAAAUCAACCUUAGUGUGAACCUAAACUCAUUCAGUUGAAAAACCUGAUUACUUUGGAUAUUCAGAAUACCUGUAAUCAACCUUUCUCUUUCUAUACAGUUUCAACUAUGCAGUUAAGAACAGUGUUUGAACAGAAUGUGGUGCAGCUUUGUUAGUUUGUCCUGGAUGCAGGCUAAUACACAAGACACACUAUAUUUUGAGCAAAAUCUUUAGCACAUCUUUAAAACACUUAAUGAAAUGGACAGUAUAAAACUUGGCUUCAUUGACUCAUGGAACCCAUGGAGGGGGGUUUCAAAGAGCUACAGGAUGGUUUUAAAUUCUAAAGAUAUUACAGUUUUCAUUCUUAUCAUUUCAGAUUUUAUGCAUAUACUGUAGGUAAUUCUUUACACAAAGACCUGAUUUUCAAACACCCAGGGUCUACUUUUUUUCUUUUAUUUUUUUUAGAAUUUUUUUUAAAGGACUUACAUAUUGAUAAAAGUCUGGUGAAACAAUUUGUAAGAAACAUUUCUACUAAACAGGUUAAGCAAUGGGCUAAAUGUUUUGUCCGUGUGCCUAAUGCUUGAAAGGAUUUGUAAUGCAUUUUGCGACUUGGAUGUGGUCUGCACAGGAAGCUGCUGGCCCCGCCACAACACGUACAGUUUUCGUCUUUUUUUAGGAAGUUAAAUCUGAAUUUAAUUUACUAAAAUUGUAAUUGUGUAGGGGGAAAUGUUUAUACUUUUAUACUUUUUUAGGUACCCAUAUUUUAUCAUCUCAAAUUGAGCACACAGAUGUCCCCUAAAUAGUGACAGAUUAUCUUGUGUAUCUGAAAAUAAGCAUAACAAUUGUCUGUGUUAAGUGCAUAUUAAAACAUUUCCUCUGCUGCAGUAGUCACUGUGUUUUUAAGCAGUAUGACUCCACCAAAUUCUCUGAGCUCCCUGGCUCAUGGAAUUGCAGCUAACCAUGUCACUUGUUUUUUUGAUGUGCUCUGCAGAGUAAUUCAGCAUUGAUCUUAGUGGAUUUUAAUGCCCAAGAUACCAGUUUCACAGUGAUCCUUCUGAAUCAGUAUUUCUGUUGCCUCUCUCAACCCAAAAAGGACAGGUUAUUUAAUAAAUUGAAAUUUUCCAUAAUUGCAUCAGCAAAGCAUGAGUAACAAACUAAGCAAACUGAACAAAUUUAGAGUAUGUAAAAAGAGUAUUUUUUCCUAGGUUUGGGGGUUUUUUUCCACUAGAAUAUUUUCAGUUUUAAAUCCUGCUUUUAUGAUGAGAUUACCUGCAGUUUAGUUUACAAUGUAUUCCUACCAUAGCUAAAUUUAGGGAAAUGAGUGUUUAAUAAUUUUUUGCACUUUGUUUCCAAUACCUCACAAAGAUUUUAAGAAGAAAAUAAAAGAGUGAACUUGCAGGUACCUUGUAAAUUAUUUUAAAUAUGCUGUUGUUUGAGACCGCCUGAACCAACUACUUUCCUGUUCUUGCUUUUGUCAUUAUUGCUUUAAUUUUUGUGAUCGUGUGAGGCUUUCAGAUAGAUGGAAAUGCUCUCUUCAGCUUUUUUCAAGGCAUUAAGAAUUUAUCCCUAAAUAAGUUUAGUUUCUUUUUGUUUGACUGUUGCAGUUUCAAAUAAAGUUAGUGACAGUAAUGAGGUAAUUGCAUUAAAAUCCAAGCGGCAUCACCAUGCUUUGCAAACAUUGCUUCAUCUGUUAAGAUCUUGCAGGAUGAAGCAAUGUACAUGUAUAGUUUAAACUGGAGUCCUUUGUUCCUUUUCUGCCAUUUGGAGAGUACCUACCUGAGAAUUGCCUGUGACUGUGCAGAGCUGAGGGGUUCACUAUCAGGCUGGAGCUGCACAGCUGUACUACAAACUCCUUGGACUUAACUCUGGUCAUAGCUCCUCUAUCCUUAAAUCAGAACAGUAUUCCAGGUUAGAACUUUAGAUCCUGAGCUCGAAGAGAUCAUAGCAGAAGGAAUAAAGCAGAGGAAGGGAGAGAGAUGAAAUUCCUCAAAUGCAUUUACAUGACAAACAUGUUGCAAAACUUGUUUGAAAACAGAAGUUCAAAUCUGCUAUAGCAAUUUCUUGCUUUGAGUUAGCCUUAAGUUUUCUCAGAGGCUAUUUUCCUUUAUUGGAGGUGACAUUUUUAUAUUACAUGCUUUUGACUUCUUCAAGCGACAAGUGAAUCAGAAUUUGUUUGCAAUGGACAUGUAAUUCUGAGGCCUCAAAGACAUGAAUGUCAUAUGGUCCAUUAAUAACUGUCCAGAUGUAUAACUCUGACUUGGCAGCUUCCAGCCCAAAGGUUAUCUGGGAUUUUGUCCAACUUACUGUGGGAUUUCCAUGGAUUACGGUUAAUUGCAGUUUCUUUAUCCUACAGUAAUUUAGUUGUGUGUCAAAGACUUGAUCAAAUUAAGCAGCUUUUUUUAAUUCUUUACUAAAAUUUCUAUCAUCAGAAUCAUAUGCUCAUAAAAGUUGGAAAAUGUACUGUGUUUUUUUCAAACUCCGAUUUCUUGUAAUGAUAAAAGUUCCUUUCAUCUUGCAUUUAGCAUUAGGAGAAGAUAUUUCUUUAAAAAUGAUGCUUGGUGAAUCCAUCUGACUUCUUUGUUUUCAGAUUUUCUUUGGACAAUAGCUGUUUAGCUCCAUUUCUACCAAUGUGAAUGCACAGUUAUGACUGAUUAGAAACAGGACUGUUUCCUGCAGAUUCAAAAAUGGAAUCAAUCUUCUCUUUUUCUGGGAGAGGUGAUGUUUUUGGUUUUUUUCAGGAGAAAUAUGAAAACUGGUAGAUUAAACAAAAGAUAACUUGGUUGCAGGCAUGCAACAAGGGGAAGAAGUUUGCUGAGUAGGAUGAUAGUGUUAUCAGAACAGUGCUUCUCAUAACAGGACACUAUUCUGUGGAUGUCUGUUGAGGUUCUAGAAAGUUGUCAGUCCCUGUUUAAGCUGUAGAGGGCUACCACCAGCAAAUAAACACAUAGUAGUUACACAUUUUUAUUAAUAUUACAAAAAAUAUUAACUUGGAGUGCAAAAAUGCAAUAGUAUCUGGUCCAGUGGAAUUAAAUACAGUCUGGAUUAUAAUUACCCAUGUAUACUGGAAUGUAUUCCUUGGGAAGUACUGGGGGAAGAGUGAAGUUUUCCUGGGCUCUUUGAGGAAGAUGGAAGUCAAAUGAAAGCUUGGUGAUGAAGUCUGGGGUUUUGUUCUCUUGAGAUGUGAUAAAAUCAGAAAGCGCCAUUCUCCAAUUUUUAUUCUCUCACCACAUUAAAAGUUUCAGGUUUUUCAAAUUAACUUUUUCAAUCAGCCCUUGAACUGUGGGGCUCUUGAAAAGAGAUGAAAUUUUGUUACACCUUUAACAGUGUCUGUUACCUUAAGACAGUAGGGUUAAAACCUGAGUGGUCAUUGGAGAAGUGUCUUUUCUGACACGACAGUAUUGAAAUACUUAAGUCCGAGGAUGCUGCCUGUUACUUGGUUGUAGUUUAGACUGCAGUUAUCUCCAGUUUUAAGGACAAUCUUGGGAUCUUAGGUGGGUUUUUUUGUGUAGAAUUAUUGAGUCUUUAAAUAGUAUAAAUAUUUAGUAUAAAAAAAAAAAAAGUGGAAGGCUUUCUGAACUCAGUGUCGUAUAAAUUUUCUUUUGUUUCACAAAAAUCAGGAGUUGUCUUUAAAGGCUUCUUAAUGAACAGAGGCUUUAAAGGGCUAAAUAGAUCUUACUGUCCAGAUUGCCUAAAUGACUGUCAAAAGGAACUCUUUCCAUUUUCAGAGCAUAAAUGCUAAGGGCUAAAAUGCUUUCCAGGGCUAAUUUGAGAUUCCAGAGACAUACAAUGUUUAAAAAAACAACUAGUCUGUUUUCUUUUCAAUUCAUGGACUCUAAAAUAAUUUUUACAAAUGGCUGAACCAGUUGCAGAUGUAAGUGUUCCUGUAUGGCUUGGAUUUUCAGUAUUCAGAUUGGAUAAGAGCACACUAGAGAAGGCAGUACUUAUCCUCCACUUUAUUAUUACCUUUGCUGAAAUCUAACAACUUUUUAUGAACAGCACUGGCAGUAAAAAAGCUUUGAGGGAGAUUCUGCCCCAGGAAAUUGUCACAGAAUAUUUCUUUGCAAUUUAGUUGAUCUUUACUUUAGCAACGUCUACCAAGGCAUAAACUUCUCGUAAGUUCAGUAUAGAUACUGAAUAGAUAGCUCAGAAUAGACACUGCUGCAAAUACAGCUUUCUGGACACAUCAGAGGGUUCUCUUAAGGAUGUUGUGUCUUAAAAACUACCAUAAUGAAAGAAACUUCUAGAAGUUAUUUUGCUACUUUGGGGGUGAGUGGAAGUGGAAGAGGUUCUGUGUCAGUGCUCUUCCUUGACUUAGAAAGCUGAGCCUAAAUUUUGACCUAAGACCUGUUGUGAUUUUGAGGCCUCGUCAUCUGAAAUGAGUAAAGAAUAAAUGUAUUUACUGUACAUGAUUCUUGCUACUUCUGAAGAUUUUCCGAAAGCUUAUGCACAGCUUUACUGAUGUUAACUUGGCUCAUGUGUACUUGCUACAACGAAGCAAAGUGCCAAGGCGCUCUUAAAAGGAAUGUUGCCAGCGUCUCUACCUGGAACUGAAAGAAGAUCACCAAACUGAAGAAGUAUCAAAUGGCAGCUUUUUCCACCUGCUUCUGUCUUUACCUUUAUCUCAACGUAGUUAUAAAAAAAUCUACUUCCUAUGCACUCUUUAGGACCACCUACCCAAUUCAACAUAUGUUUGGUUUUUUUUUUACCUUUUCCUCCAAAUCACUGGUCUCAAAAUCAGUUGUGCAUCAGCUGUUUGUGCUUAUAACCGAGUGGCCAUACUUGCAACACGUUAUUUCCUGGAUAGUGGAUUAGCAAUAACACUUUAUUUUGUGCCAGUUAUUUAUCUCUGAAGUGUUCUUACUGCAGCAAAAUUUGAGUUUUGAUUUGGUUUUAAUGCAUUUGCAUUAAGCAAAACUCAUAGCACAGGCACAGACAAGAAACUGAAUUCAGGGAAAUUUUUUCCCUGGGAAAAAAUCUGCUAGGGCUUCCCAAAUAAUUUGAAGGUGGUUACAGUUAACCGUCACUUUCAAAACAAACAAAUUAAAUGUGUGUGGGUAUUUUUUUAACUUCUUUUUCAUAACACUAGUGUAUUGUAAACUGCAUGGAAUAAACCUGUUUUUUCCCUUUUAAA